AAGAAAUUAAAUUUUGUCUUAAAUUCAGAAAAAAAUUACUCAAAAAUGAUUGAAACUGAUACCAGAUACAGAGAUAUUGAAUCUCAAAAGCCCCAAAAUAAAUCCAACAAGAAGAAAAUUAUUGUUGCCGCUUUGAUCGUGAUGGUCUUAGCUGGUACUGCUGUUGGUCUUUACUUCGCUUUCAAGCCUCAUGAGGCUUCUAAUACUUCUUCUGGUGCUCCCAUUAAGAACUAAUCUGAAGAAGAAAAGCCCGUCAAACCCACUUACCCUACUGAUCCUACUGAAGAUAAACCUUCAACUAAGGAUGAUAAGAAGGACGAAACCCCUGCUCAACCUACUGAUGAUAAGAAGGACGAAACUCCCGCUCAACCUACUGAUGAUAAGAAGGACGAAACCCCCGCUCAACCUACUGAUGACAAGAAGGAUGAAACCCCUGCUCAACCUACUGAUGAUAAGAAGGACGAAACUCCUGCUCAACCCACUGAUGAUAAGAAGGAUGACACCCCUGCUCAACCUACUGAUGAUAAGAAGGACGAAACUCCCGCUCAACCUACCGAUGAUAAGAAGGACGAAACCCCCGCUCAACCUACUGAUGACAAGAAGGAUGACACCCCUGCUCAACCUACUGAUGACAAGAAGGAUGACACCCCUGCUCAACCUACUGAUGACAAGAAGGAUGACACCCCUGCUCAACCUACUGAUGAUAAGAAGGAUGACACCCCUGCUCAACCUACUGAUGACAAGAAGGAUGACACCCCUGCUUAACCUACCGAUGACAAGAAGGAUGACACCCCCGCUCAACCUACUGAUGACAAGAAGGAUGAAACCCCCGCUCAACCUACCGAUGACAAGAAGGAUGACACCCCCGCUCAACCUACCGAUGACAAGAAGGACGAAACCCCCUCUUAACCCUCUGAAGAUAAGAAGGAUGAAACCCCUGCUCAACCUGCUGAAGAAAAACCUAAGACUUUCACUUAAAAGUUAAACGACACUGUCUAAUAUGCUAAAUAAUAAAUCGAAUAAGCUUGGGAAAAGUUUGUUUCUUGGUUCACUAAGCCUAAAACUAGAAAGAACUGA